AUGAGCAAGCUCGAGUUCUGGACGCGCCAGCUGCAGAAUCUGCCGCGGCUAGCACUGCCGACCGAUUAUCCCCGUCCCUCCGGUACAGGCGCCGUGCAUGCGAUCAAAUCAGCGACGUUGCCCGCACCGAUAAGCAAAGCCCUUGCACGUUUGGCGCUGUACGAAAAUGAGGACAAGGCCGAGUCACACUCGCGCUUCGACGAUGCCGACGAUGCGAGCGUGGACGAUAGCGUGCGUGUGAGCCAUUUGCUACUUGCUGCACUAGUUAUCCUGAUCCACCGGUACACGGGCGACACCGACAUUCUGAUCGCGUCCAACGAUCCGAGUACCGGCGGUGUGCUUGUGCUGCGCAUCGCCAUGGAUCCCAACGAUACGUUUUGGCAAGUUGCAAGGCGUGUCCAGGCAGUAGAGUCAGAGGCGAUCCGCAACAAUGUGGCGUACGAAGAUCUGGAGCGCCACCUCCACGAACGGGCGCCCGACGGCAGCACGGAUAUGCAGCCGCUUUUCCGCGUGCGCUUCUUUGACGAGACAGGAACGGACGUGCGCCGCUUUAUGCAGCGGACGAACCUGACUACGGACAUGUCUCUGUUUGUCACUGCGCCCGAGACCGCCGUCGACCCCGAGGGCGGCGCGGAGCAAAUCCAAGCGUCGCACGCCCCAACGCAGCAGUUCCGCAGUUUGCAGUACCAGCCAGUAGCGCUGCACAUUGCCUACAAUGCGCUCUUGUUUUCCGCGCAGCGCAUCGAGGGCGUGCUUGCACAGCUUGCGCAGCUCAUUCGGUCUGCUGCACACAAUCCGCUGCAGCCCAUCGGCAAGAUUGUGCUGCGCACUCCCGAAGAAGCCGCACUGCUUCCCAACCCUGCCGGUGAUCUCGACUGGUGUGGCUACCGCGGGAGCAUUACGAGCAUUUUUGAGCAGAACGCAAAAGCGUUUCCCGAGCGCAGGUGCCUUGUCGAGAGCCGCUCGGAGUACGCGGCAAGUUUGGCGCCGCCGGCCUCGUCUGUGCGCACCGUUUCGUACGGCGAACUUGACCGUGCGAGUAAUGUUGUGGCGCACCGCUUGCUCCAGGCCGGCGUCCAGCGUGAAGAGGUCGUGACCGUGUAUGCAUACCGCGGCAUUGAUCUGGUGAUUGCCGUGCUUGCCACGCUCAAGGCCGGCGCGACGUUUAGUGUAAUCGAUCCUGGCUACCCUCCUUUGCGGCAGAACAUUUACCUCCAAGUCGCUAAGCCGCGCGCGCUAGUUGUGCUUGCAAAAGCCGGCAAGAUCCACCCAACCGUGCGCAAAUGCAUCCAGGAAGAGCUCGAUUUGCGCGUCGAGAUUCCCGCGCUUGAACUGCACGCCAACGGCGAGCUUACCGGCGGCGCUGUGGACGGCGUGGAUGUCUUGGACACGACACAAGCGCUUGCACCCGCCUCGACCGAUGUCCUUCUCGGCCCCGACAGCAUCGCGACGCUCUCCUUUACGUCUGGCUCCACUGGCAUUCCUAAAGGCGUCGAAGGGCGCCACUAUAGUCUAACGCACUUUUUCCCUUGGAUGGGCGAGCGCUUUGGCCUGGACAGCAGCGCGCGCUUCACAAUGCUCAGCGGCAUUGCCCACGAUCCCAUCCAGCGCGACAUCUUCACGCCGCUCUUUUUUGGCGCCGAGCUGCACAUUCCCACGGCCGAAGAUAUCGGCACGCCUGGGCGCCUCGCCGAGUGGAUGGCUGCUACUGGCGCGAGCGUUACGCACUUGACGCCUGCGAUGGGCCAGCUGCUCUCUGCCCAGGCCACUGCACAGAUCCCAUGCCUAAAGAAUGCCUUUUUCGUCGGUGACAUCCUCACCAAGCGCGACUGCUCGCGCCUGCAAGCGCUCGCCAAAAACGUGCGCAUCGUCAACAUGUACGGCACCACCGAGACGCAGCGUGCGGUGUCCUACUUUGCGAUUCCCCCCGUGAGCCAAGACGCCUCUUUCCUUACCCGCCAAAAAGAUGUGAUGCCCGCCGGCGAGGGCAUGCUUGACGUGCAGCUCCUUGUUGUGAACCGCAACGACCGCCAAGAGACGUGCGCGGUGGGCGAAACGGGCGAGAUUUACGUGCGCUCUGGCGGUCUUGCCGAGGGCUAUUUGGGCCCGCCGCAGGUCACUGCCGAAAAGUUUCUGUUCAACUGGCUCGCGCCCGACCUGCACAUCAAGGAUACCUUGCACGACACGCCUUACUCCGACCUCUGGAAAGGGCCACGCGACCGCAUGUACCGAACUGGCGACUUGGGACGGUACAUGCCGAACGGUAUCGUGGAAUGCACGGGCCGUGCCGACGACCAGAUCAAGAUCCGCGGUUUCCGCAUUGAGCUGGGCGAGAUUGACACGCAUCUCUCGCGCCAUCCCGCGGUGCGUGAAAACGUGACGCUUGUGCGGCGCGACAAGGACGAGGAAAAGGUGCUUGUAUCCUACUUUGUCCCGAACGCCGACGCCGCGUUCGAGUCGGAGAGCGAGACCGAGCUCUUGCAGCACACGUCGCAAGAGCAGCGCGAGAUUCUGCGCGGCAUCACACGCAACCGCAUGCUUAUCCGUGAGAUUCGCGAGUACCUGAAGCAGAAGCUACCAACCUACUCGGUGCCUACGCUCUAUGUCCCCCUCGCCAAGAUGCCCCUCAAUCCCAACGGCAAGAUCGACAAGCCGGCGCUGCCGUUCCCAGACACUGUGCUUGCCCAGCGUCUUGCCCAAGCCACGUCCAAGCGCACUUUUGGCGGCGCCGGCCCCCAAUCUGCCGCUGAAAAGACGAUCGCCGCGCUGUGGACAACGCUGCUCCCCGCGGUUGCACAGCCCGUGCCUAUGGACGAGUCGUUCUUUGACAUGGGCGGCCACUCGAUCCUUGCGACGCGCCUGGUGUUUGCCAUGCGCCAGGCAUUUGCCGUGCAUGUGCCGCUCGGCCUCGUCUUUGAGGCGCCGAGCGUGCGUGCUUUGGCUGCUGCCGUCGACAAGCUCAAGAGCGGCGAGACCAUUCUGGAGCCGGCGCGCUCGGUGGAAAAGGUGCAGGCCGAGCUGGACUAUGCCCAAGACGCGGCUGCGCUCCUGUCUGCAGUGCCGCACUCCUUCUCCAGCAUUCCUCCACGCCCCCGCACCGUGCUGCUGACUGGCGCGACGGGCUUCCUCGGCGCCUUUGUGCUCUACGAUCUCCUGCACAAGCGCGCGGACCACAUCGAGAAGGUCUAUGUUCACGCGCGCGCCGACGACGCGGCGGCGGCGCUGCAGCGCAUCGAGCAGGCCCUGUCUCUGCGUGGCCUGUGGAAUGCGUCGUGGGUGCAGAGCGGCCGUUUGAAAGCGGUGCUCGGCGACCUUGCAGCGCCGAAACUCGGCAUGUGCGACGCGGACUGGGACAGCGUCGCGCACGAGGCUGAUUUGGUCGUGCACAAUGGCGCGCUUGUGCACUGGGUCUACCCCUACGCAAGACUGCGCGCGGCGAAUGUCCUGUCCACCCUUGCUGCGAUAGAGCUUUGUGCGACUGGGAAGCCCAAAGCACUUGCGUUUGUCUCGUCCACCUCGGCGCUCGACACCGAGCACUAUAUUCGCUUGUCGGACGCGCUGAGCGAAGGCCAAGGGGUGAGUGAGCAGGAUACGCUCGAUGGCAGUGCACGCGGCCUCACCAGUGGCUACGGCCAGUCCAAGUGGGCUGCCGAGCGUCUCGUCAUGGCCGCUGCACACCGCGGCUUGCAGGCCUCCAUCGUCCGUCCUGGGUACGUCGUGGGCGAUAGCCGUACGGGUGUGGCCAACACCGACGACUUUUUGUUCCGCCUCGUGAAAGGAUCCGUGCAGCUUGGGCUGAUUCCCGAUAUGGACAAUACAGUGAACAUGGUGCCUGUUGACCAUGUUGCGCGCAUUACCGCGCUUGCUGCGCUUGCGACGCCGAGUCUGCCACGGUGUGCGGCGACCGGCGCGACUGUCUUUCACGUCACGUCGCAUCCCGCGGUGCGGUACAAUGCGUUUUUGGGCGCACUUGCUGUGUAUGGCUGGGACGUCCAGCGCGUCGAGUACGUCGAGUGGCGUGCACAGCUUGAGAAUCAUGUACUGAACGCCGCGCAGGAUGGCGAAAAUGCCGCGUCGAAUGCCUUGUUUCCCCUCUUGCACUUUGUCCUGGACAAUUUGCCGGUAUCGACCAAGUCGCCCGAGCUGUCGGAUACGAAUACCGAGGCGCUCCUGCGCCGUGCAAACGCGCUGGAUGUGGUGCGUGGCGUGGAUGAACGGAUGCUGGGGCUCUACUUUGCCUGGCUCGUCGCUGUCCGUUUCUUGCCGCCGCCGCCACAUGGCGCGCGAUUGCCGGCGCUGCCCAACGACGCGGUGCUGGAGGCGGUGGGCCGCGGCUCGGCGAACUAG